GGAGGCGCUAAGCGUCACCGCAAAGUUCUCCGUGAUAACAUCCAGGGUAUUACUAAACCCGCCAUCCGCCGUUUGGCUCGCCGUGGCGGUGUGAAGCGUAUUUCCGGCUUGAUCUACGAGGAGACCCGCGGUGUGCUCAAGGUUUUCCUGGAGAACGUCAUCCGUGAUGCCGUCACCUACACCGAGCACGCCAAGAGAAAGACCGUCACCGCAAUGGACGUGGUGUACGCUCUGAAACGCCAGGGACGCACCCUGUACGGAUUCGGGGGUUAA